AGUUUAUUCUGGAUAUAGGCCAGAACUACAAAGUCAACCUGCCACUAUCUCCUGAAAUAAUGACAGCUAAUCUCACUGAAAAGCCUGACCUUCCUGAGAACCCAGAGCAAAUUACAGACUACAGUAUUUUAACACCUAACAUUUCAACAAAAACCCUAACUGAGAUAAAAAUCCAAACCAUCACUACUGAAGAAACCAACUUGACAAACAUCUCACUGACAAAACCAACAAUACCAAAUAAGUUAGAUGAGAUCCUUAAUUACUUAAAAAAUAAUAAUAUCAACACAACACAACUAACCCUUCCCAUCACAGACCAAAAGGCUGUCUCUGAAACCCUCAAAAUAUUACAUCAACAUUUCACAGUCAAAACUAUACCCAACUCCGUUUUAGUACUCCCACCCCUCCCAGAACCUAUCUGGGGAAUCUUUUCGCAAUAA